AAGAAGAUGAGUGGUACAGUAGUGUGUGUCAGCCUCCGAAUGUUGGUGGAGUGACUCGUGUGUGCGACGCUGUAGGAAUGUGUGCAAAUGUGUCUGUGUUUCGUGUACUCCAUUCCAGAUGAGGCUCUUCAGUGCUUUUGAAGAGGGAUAUGAUAUUCCCUGGUGAAGUGACGCCCUGGUGAGUUGGUGUGGUAGUAGUGCCCACGUUAAUCCAAUUGGAUCCAAUUUAAGCCACCGUUACUGUCAGAUGCAGGAGGAAAGGUGACGAAAAGAAGGAAAAAUAGUUUGAUGUGAAUUCAAAAGUGAAAUUUAAGUACAAAAAAAUGGUUAUUUGCAAAGGAAUAUCCACCCUAGCGUAAACCGUGUACGAGUGAUGGUGUAGGUGUCAUGCCGAGAGAAGUACCUGGCACUUCCACAAAGCAUUGGAUUGCCGACGCCGAUGCUGUCAACGUUAAUCUGCGACACGAGUGAGUGGUUCUCGGUGGGCGAUUGUUCGUGGUUCGUUGGUCUACCACCAUAUCUGCUCCGGUAAUUGACAAUCGGCGUUGUGGUCAAUGGACCGGAGCCCCGGGCGACCAAGGUAAGGCAGUACGAUACGCACAUUGAAAGCCUUGACUUCCGGUUGGCGUGGAAUGGAUAUUGAAAGCUACAAAGAGCUGACAGAAAAGAUUAUCAUAACCUCUACGAGAAGAAAGCAUUAGAAAUGGCUCAACAGUUCAACCAACAUGUAAUCAAUGUUUUACUUAUUUUCAUCGUGUAUCUGAAUCAAGGAUUAAGUAAAUCAUUUCAGAGCUUCUCGGAAGAACAGUUCUUGUCGGAGCUGAGUGAUGAUCGAGCACCGAUGGAUGAUCGAAAGCCAACACGACGACCAUCGUCACAACACCGCAGUCGUCCACCGUACCUCGGCAUCUACGGUAGUUCCGGUAAAAUUGGCCAACAGUUUCAUCCCAGUGCAGCGGAGAUGAGCGAGAACGAGAGUUUCGACUCGGACGAGAGCAAUCGGCUUAGGACACCACUUGACCGAGGUCCAUACUUCGAUCUGUCCUCUUCGAAGAACAUUACGGCGCUCGUCGGCAAGACGGCGUACCUCAAUUGUCGCGUCAAAAAUCUGGGCAACAAAACGGUUUCCUGGGUACGGCACCGAGACAUCCAUUUAUUGACCGUCGGUAGAUUCACCUACACAUCCGACCAACGGUUCCAGGCUGUACAUAAUCCCGUGCACGAUGACUGGUCGCUUCAGAUUCGAUAUCCUCAGAAGCGAGAUACAGGAAUGUACGAGUGCCAGAUCUCGACGACGCCCCCGGUCGGCCAUUCGAUGUAUCUCUCCGUUGUCGAGCCCAUCACUACGAUUAUAGGCAUACCGGACCUGUACAUCAACACUGGUUCAACUGUAAAUCUUACCUGCAUAGUACGGAACUCACCCGAACCCCCCUCAACCAUCAUGUGGACACACAACAACCAGGAGAUCAACUACGACUCGCCGCGGGGUGGUGUUUCCGUCAUCACGGAAAAGGGAGAGACAACGACCUCCUAUCUGCUCAUUCAGCGUGCUUGGACGACAGACACCGGCAAGUACGUCUGUUCACCAUCGAACGCUGAUCCCGCGACGAUCAAUGUACACAUUUUGAAUGGUGAACAUCCUGCUGCCAUGCAGCACGACGGCCAGUUGGCGAUAGGCGGUUCCAUCAACGUGUUCGUCCUCUGCUUAAUCAUCAUUUUUCUUGGAUGCCGAUGAAAAUGCAAGCAGCUGAUCAUUACAUGACAUCACGGAACCGCAGAGCAUCGACGAGAACAUCGAACAGAUCAAAGAGAGACAGUGACAUUUAAUCUAAUCAAACCGAAUGUCAAAUGAUGAUGACCAAUAAUGAGUGAGUGAGUGAAUGCAUGUGUGUGUGAAUGUGUACGUGUGAUAGAAUAAAUUAAUAAGCACUCCCAACAAUGAAUUCGAAAAGCCAACGUUUUACUGUUGGGGAAAUGGGUUGUUUGAUCGAAUAAAGGUGAGUGAGAAAUGGUUCGUUAGCGGUUCAAAUUUUUUAACAAACUUUCAAAUCAGUCUGGAUUGUGAAUUUGGUUUAUUGGUUUUUCAACCUUUCUCUGGCCAAUGUGAAUGAAAAGCUAUAUGCAGUGGGUAAAUAGAAAGUAAAUUAUUUAAUUAUGCGGUUUCAAUUGAUUCAAUUAGAUAUGCUCCGAGAGAAUUUUAAAUAGUUUUGGCAUGAGGUGUGGAGUUUGGUUCCACCCAUAAUUGCUUUUGGGUGGGAAUCAAUGGAAUUCAUUUAAAUUUGAUGUACCAGAGGUCGACAGAGCUUAUAACAGUUUUUAUUGUGUACGAUCC